UCCUGUAUGAAUAGUGUGACUGUGAGCAGGAGGCAGCCAGGGAACACUCAGCAGUACCGCCUGCACUGCUCAGCUGCGUCCUCGCAACAGAUCCGGAGCAGGAGGGCACCAGGCCAUGCAGAAACACACAAAGAGACCAGGGGAGAUAAUGGUGCCCAGAUACUCUUAGGAACUCAAGAGCUGCAGUGGUGCAUGCUUUCACUGCCGCACAGUCUCUGUCUUUGCUAACAGAGAGCAGUGGGACUUGUAGUUGCUUUAUAUACCAAGUUCUAAGUUUUCUUUUUCAUUUCAACUCUUUUUUCCCAAACAUGGGGUGCUCUUCAUCCAGUGCUCAGACUGUAGAUCAAGAGAAAAGACCAGGUACAAAGCCAGAGGAGACCAAUGGAGAUACAGUUGCAGUCAGAAAUGGCAUCAUCCCCGAAGAUGCACAAACCAUCGAGGACCAGAUGCAGCUGCCUGUGCAGACUGCCUUGCCGGAUGAUCUACAACCAAGAGCCGAUGAUGAGGCGGAGGCCGUGUUAGUGGCCCUGGAGGCCCAGGAGGAUCUUGGCUCUGGGGAGGACCUCCUGUCUGCUCCUGAGCCUCAGCCUGAACCUGUUGCCCCUGCAGAGCCAGCUCCAGAGGCUGCUGCUCCAGCUGAAGCCCCCGCUGAACCUGAGGCUGCUGUAGUGGCAGUAGAGACAUCGCCCCCUGUGGAGGAAGCUGCCCCUGUAGAAACUGUAGUCGCUGAGGCUGCUCCUGCUGAAUCUGUUGUAGCUAUGCAGGCAGAGGCCCCUGCUGUUGUAGAAGAGGUGACCGCUGAGCCAGCCAAGGCCUCUCCUGAAGUUUCCACCCCUGCUGCUGAACCUGUUGUAUCGGAGCCAGCAGAGGCCCCAGUGAUUGUGGAAGAGGCAGCAGCUGUAGUGGCUGAGACCCCUGCUGAAGUUGCUGCUCCUGUGGUGGCAGAGGCCCCUGGUGAGGUUGCUGCUCCUGUGGUGGCAGAGGCCCCUGCUGAGGUUGCUGCUCCUGUGGUGGCAGAGGCCCCUGCUGAAGUUGCUGCUCCUGUGGUGGCAGAGGCCCCUGCUGAAGUUGCUGCUCCUGUGGCAGCAGAGGCCCCAACUGACAAUGCUGCACCAGUUAGUGCCUCAACAGCACCAUGUGAAUCCUCUGAAGCAGGAGAAGCUUUAGCACCAAUUGCAGCUUCAGCAACAAGUGAGCUUGUGGCGUCAGAGGCUGCGGCGUCAGAAGCUGCGGCACCAGAGGCUGCUGCACCAGAGGCUGCGGCGCCAGCAGCUGCGGAGCCAGAGGCUGCAGCUCCAGAUGAAGUUGUAGUUCCAGAGGAGGCUUCAGCACCAAGUGAAGUCUCUGCACCAGCUGAACCCCAAGCCCCUGUAGAGGCACUACAGUCACUAAUAGAUGCAAAGAUUGCUGCAGCAACUGUUCCAGAGAUGCCUCCGUUAACUCCAGUCGUUGUUGAGGCCCAAGCUGCACCUCAGCCUGCUGUUGAGGAGGCAGCUGCACCUGCUGUGCCAGUCCAGGAGGCAAUAGUUCCAGCGUCUAUACCAGAAGCAGCCCCAGCAGCGACUGUGACCUCAGAGUCUGUGGCAGAAAGUGCAGCCCAGGUACAGGCCACACUGGCUGAAGCACCCUUAGCUGCGGCCCCUGAGCUCUCGCCUGAAGGGGUGGCUGCAACUGAGGCCCCUCAGGAGACUGAGAGUGAGAAAGCCAAAAAGGAAGAUUGAGUCGGUAAG